AACAUUUCAAAAUUCAAUCUUUUUCUGCUAACCAAGGUUAUCCAAGCCUUUAAAAAUUUUCAGAACUCAAAUCUGUGAUAGAAUUAAUUUACAUACAUACCCAAAGCUUUCCUGAGCCCAAAUUGUUUCCUAAACAAAAAGUUUUCCAACACAUACUCAUCCCAAAAUACACACUUACAACAUGCUUUCCCAAUACAUAGUUAUUAGUGUUUGGUAUAUCUCUGCUGUGUAUGGCAUGUAUCCUCAUGCAGCUAGUGGCAUGAAGAGAGUUGGAAGAGAGGCCAUUUAUGCGGGUCAAGAUGAUGUAUCUGGGAUGGCUAGGGAAGAUCCAACAAUGAUCUAUGGGAGACCGGUUAAGAAAACUGGACAUGCAACCACUUCAACCUCCCAGGAUAGACAAAAAGAAAAUGUAGAUGUUUCCCUGGAAGAGGCUAAAGAAGGAAUCUCAGCCUUGGGCAUGAAGCUGGAAGAAGAAAUGAAAAUAUUUGAAACAAUUGUUGAUUCUAGGAAAAAUAUUAAAGAUGGUCAAGUCAAUAAAUUGGCUGGCUGGGAAUAUUUUUUUGGAUCAAUUGAUCUGCUCUUCAAGCAUGGAAUCAUCAGUCAAAAAUCACUCAAUGAAAAUUUGCGUCAGAUGCAACUUGUGGAUCAAUUAUAUGCUUACAGUAAAAUUUUCUGGGAUGGUAAAUUACUAGAGGUUACACGUCAAGAUGAAAGUUACAUCACUCAGCACUGGUACUUCCCAGCAUUUCAUGAUUCUUUAACCUCUUGUACAAAUUUUUACUUGGGUCCCAAGCUGAUCGUGAAUCAUUUUCAUUUCUCAUAA